AUGGGAAUAUAUACCUUUUUAUACCUGAGUCUAUUUCUCUCAUUGACCUUCAGUCUCCCACUCUUCAGAGGUGGAAGGAAAAAUCAAAACAAACUACUACUUAUUUCCCUUGAUGGCUUUCGCUGGGAUUAUGAUCAAGAUGUUGCAACUCCAAAUUUUCAAAAGUUAGUCAAAGAAGGUGUAAAGGCAAAAUACGUUACCCCUCCGUUUAUUACAAUAACGUCACCGUCUCAUUUUACUUUGCUAACUGGAAGGUAUAUAGAGUCUCACGGAGUAAUCCAUAACAUGUGGUUCAAUACCACCACUGGACUGAAAAAGCCAUAUUACCAGGCACAAGGUGUUACUGAAUACUGGGACAAUGGAAGUCUUCCCAUCUGGAUCACAGCCCAGCGCCAGGGUUUAAAGACUGGUUCUAUUCAUUUCCCUGGCACCAAACCUACCUACGAGGGAGAGGAUAUUUUCCUGAAAAUUGUGGAACCUCCAAGGUACAACUAUAAGAAUGAAACAGCAUGGAGAGAAAACAUCGACAUAGUAAUGAAAUGGUUCACUUUGGAGGAUCUCGAUUUUGUCACACUCUACAUUGGUGAACCGGACAGCACAGGACACAGAUACGGACCUGAAUCAGAAAUGAGAAAAACUGUGGUGAAAAAACUGGACAGCACACUAGGUUAUUUAUUACAAAGCAUUGAGAAGUACAACUUGAAAUCCAGACUCAAUGUAAUUAUCACUGCCGACCACGGAAUGACUACUGUACUGAAGGAGCCAAAUGUGACUGAAAUCGUGCUAUCAAGGUUCCCCAAUUUUUCAUUCAAAGACAUUGCUUUUGAUUUAGUUGAUUAUGGACCCGUUGGCCUGCUUUUACCCAAACAGGGAAAGACGGAAAAAGUAUACCAGGCUCUGAAAGGUGCCCAUCCACAUCUAAAUGUGUUUAAGAAAGAAGAGUUACCAAAAAGAUUUCGAUAUUCCAACAAUGAAAGAAUCCUCCCCAUUAUCGUUUUUGGCGAUCUUGGUUAUGUUGUUCAUGGGAGAAUCAAAGUCCAGUUUAACAAAGGCGAACAUGGAUUUGACAACAACGAUAUGGACAUGAAGAUGAUUUUCCGUGCAUUUGGCCCUGAUUUCAAGAAAAAUUAUUUGGCCGAGCCAUUUGAAAGUGUAAACAUUUAUCCGUUAAUGUGCAAACUUCUGAACAUCCAUCCUGAGCCAAACAAUGGAUCACUGACAUACACUCAAGAGAUGUUGAACUAUCAGCCAAUAAACAGUGACGGUAAGGAAGAAUUCUGAAAGAUGAAGCUCAGACACAUUAAUGAUUAUGUUACAGAGCGUUAGAAUAAUGGGUGAAAACAUUAAGAAUAAAUUUUAAAUGCUCAUUUGCUUCAUGAUACUUUUCUGUAUAUUUUGCAUUUUGUAAAAAUAUAUCUAAU